ACUCUCAAGGGAAGUUGGUUGUUGACUGCCAAAAGAAGCUAGGAGUCCCAUUUGUAGAGGCAAUGGCUGAUUAUGGCAUCGAAAAUCUGGGUGAUAGGAGAUUGCUCGAUUCUGAUGUUUUAGAUAAGCUUGUUUAUAGAGAUCCUACGGAACAUAUACUUGAAGUUGCCCCCCUUCUAACUGCACAGGUGACGAAAUUUAAUUGUGGAGGUUUUACCUUAGGGAUCGCACUUAACCAUUGCAUGGCAGAUGGUGUGUCGGCAAUGAGUUUUAUGAACGCAUGGGCUGAAAUGGCAAGAGCCAAGCCGUUAUCCCUCGUCCCUUGUCAUGAUAGAACCAUCCUAAAAUCAAGGGUGCCUCCUCAAAUCGCCGGUCCUUACAACGAAUUUGUUCACGUAAGCGAUGUAUCAAACAUGACAGCAUUAUUUGAGGAACAGCAACUUGUAUAUAAGUCUUUCCAUUUUGAUGCUGAGAAGCUAGCAACCGUCAAAAGAGUGGCAACAAAAGAUCAACAGGUAAAGAGCAGCUACACCAGCUUCGUAGCACUUGCAGCCUUAGUGUGGCGGGCUCGAAGCAUGGCCCUCAAGAUGAAACUUCACCAACAAUUGAAGCUCCUUUUACUUGUUGACUUCAGGUCUAGGCUAAAAACACCAUUGCCUGAUGGAUACUUUGGGAACGCGGUCGCCAUGCCCUGCUGUCUUUGCACCAUGGGAGAGUUGAUUGAGGAGCGAAUCUUUGCUUCUGCAGAAAGAAUAAAGAAGGCAAUCGAGAGUGUGACUGACGACUACAUACGGUCAAGGAUCGACUAUUUGGACAUGAAUCGAUUAGAGGGGUUACCUGUGGGCACACUAAUAAUAAGUUCAUGGGUGAGGCUCGAGUAUGGCAAGACGGACUUUGGGUGGGGAGAGCCAAGGUUUGGGAUCGGUGGCCUGCCGAGCUCAAGCUGCAUGUUUAUGUCAGAAGGUAGAGAGAAGGGCAUUGCGGUGAUGUUGGGUCUGCCACUUUCAGCCAUGAUUACCUUCGAGAAGCUUAUUUGUGAUCUAAAUGAUACUCAGCACACUCAUAUUGGUAUUCAAAACUAG